AUGGUAGAAGAUAGUGGUGCCGAGAAUAUAGAAGGCAAUGAUAAACAUAUUGAAGAUGUUGACUCAUUGCUGAAUGUUUCUAUACUGGAGCCAACUAAAGUACCUAUAUCAGAAUCGUCACGAGAAACUACACCAGAAAGUAUACCGACAAAUGAUCAAUCAUCUACUAAACCUAAAAAGAGACUUACACUUCAAGAAAGAUUGGCCCAAGCAGCAAAAGGAAAAAAGAAAGCUUCUUCGGACCUGUCUUCCACCCCCACCUCAUUGUCACGUACCACAAGCAAUGAGAAACCCGAUUUAGAUUUACAAAAGGAAAUCGACAGAUUAAAGAUGGAGAAUUCCGAAUUGACAAAAAAGUUACACCACAAAUCAAAUUUUGAUAAGGAACGAAAUGACUUGCUUGCGAAAAUAGCCUCUAAGGAUGAAACCAUUGAACAACUUCGCAAAGAAGGUGAAGCUCUAUCAUUAAAAGAGUUGAAGUUAAACGAGUCCAUUAAAAAGCUCAAGCUUGCAAACCAGGAUUUAGAGGAAAAUAUCCGUGAUUACAGCGUGAAAAGUGAGGAGUCGUCUAUGAAAUUAGAAGAGUUGGCUGAUUUUUUAAAAACACAUAAAUUUAAAACAAUAGACGAAGUUGUGAGCAAGUACGAAGAGGUGGUCAACGAGUUAGCUGCAACAAAGGCUAGUUUAGAAAAGUCACAAGCUUGGGAAACAAAGUAUAACGAAUUAGCAGUUUCUCAUGAAGAAGCAGUGAUGGCAAAGAAGGAUUUACUUAAGGAGUCCAAUGAAGUCAAGAUAGAAUUAAACAUGCUCAAGCGACAACAUAAACUUGAGAUUGAAUCCAAAAAUGCUACUAUAAAGGAAUUGAAAUCACAAAUGUCUGCAUCGAAACAGAGUUUUGCGCAGGAGAUUUCGCGUCUUGAAGAGAAGAUCGAGACGCUCAGGUUAGAAAAUGAAUCAAACGAAACUGUUUCUGAAAAUGUCAAUGAAGAUGGGAAAGUUGAUUUUGAUGAAUUUAGUAAACUCUCUGAAGCACACCGUAUACUUCAAAAGCAGUACCUAUCGUCACAAGAGAAUUGGAAGGCUAUUGAAUCCAAUUUAUCCCUCAAAAUCGAUAAUUUAUCGUCUUCAGUGGAAUCCUUGAAAAAGUCCAAAAUCAAAUUGACGCAAGACUUGGCCAAGGUGAACAGCUCGAUGCAUUUACAAACAAAGGAAUUAGAGAAACUCGAACAGGACAAAAUCAAAUUGCAACAAGAAAAGGCUGAACUUCAGUUGAAUGUCGAGUUGAAGGAAAACGAAAUCCUUGAGAUUAAUGAAAAGUUUGAAAAAUUCAAAGGCAUCUAUAAUCAAGAACGAGCAGCACUCAAUUCAAAGAUUCAAAGUUUGAAUGAAAAGAUAAAAGAGGAGAAGAGACCGGAGCGAUUAAACUUGAAUCGAGACAACUCGGUCAGUUCAGGGUUUAGUUGGGAUAAUGAAAUCAAAUUGGGUGAGUCUUCAACCACGCCUGCAAUGAAUAGAGACUUUUCUGCCUUUCUCGAUAGAAACAUCUCGCUGAGCUCGUUUACUGAGAUUGGCGAUGAGAUCUAUGAUCGUGAGCAAUAUUCGUUUAGUGGCCAACUUGCACCACCAGUUGGAGGAGGGGUGCCGGCUUCGUCGCAUAGCAAUAAUAUCCAGUUGGUUAAUAAAAUGAGUUCCAGUAUUAGGCGUUUAGAAAUCGAGCUUAACACACUUAAAGAUGAAUAUUCUAAAAUAUCAGCAGAGAAGGAGAGAGUUGAACAGGAGUUGUUGGAGAGUUUAAAACUAACUGAUGAAGUAAAGUCGUUGCAUACAGAACUUGACUCGUUGAAAUCUAUCAUCAAAGAUAAAGAAACACAAGAGCAAAGAAUGCUAGAACUAAUAGGGGAAAAGUCCGAACAGGUUGAAGAACUCAAAGCAGAUGUAGUUGAUUUAAAAGAGUUGUGCAAGUUACAAGUACAACAAUUGGUAGAGCAGAAUAGUCGUGUAUAA